GCAGCCGUGGGGGCGGGUGCUGGCGCUGGCGCGCGGGGCAGUCAUGGCGGGCGGCGGCCUGCCCAUCCGCCGGUACCGCCGGGACCUGGUGCAGGCUGUGAGGGAGCGGCCCUUCCUCAUCGUCACCGGCGAGACGGGCAGCGGGAAAAGCACCCAACUGCCCAAGUACCUCUUCGAGGCAGGCCUUGCCAAGCAUGGUGCCAUUGGCGUCACCCAGCCCCGGCGCGUUGCCACCAUCUCAGUGGCGCAGCGGGUGGCUGAGGAGAUGGGCUGUUCGUUGGGGAGUGUCGUAGGGUACCAGGUCCGCUUCGAUGACUGCACCACUGAGGAUACUGCCAUCAAGUAUAUGACUGAUGGCUGCUUAUUGAGGCAAAUAUUGGCAGACCCCCUUCUCAGCAAGUAUAGUAUCAUCGUUUUGGAUGAAGCCCAUGAGCGGAGCCUCAGCACUGAUAUUUUAUUUGGUUUGCUGAAGAAACUAUUUCUACAGAAGAAACCACCAAACAGGAAGACAGACAUGAAAGUGGUGGUGAUGUCAGCCACCCUGGAGGUAGAGAAGCUCUCGGAGUUCUUUGGACACUGUUCAGUGCUGCAUAUUCCAGGAAGAAGUUAUCCCGUCAAGGAGAUAUUCUGCAACCUGCUCAGCCCAAGGGAUGUAGGCAGCUCUGCAUAUGUGACAGAGGCGGUAAAAGUGACAUUGGAUAUCCACUUAAAUGAACCAGAAGGUGACAUCUUGGUUUUCCUGACAGGUCAAAUUGAGAUAGAAAGAGCUUGUGACUUACUUUUCAAGAAAGCAGAAUCUAUUGAUUACCGGUAUGAAGUACAUGAUCGGUCUGUUGAAGGCCUGCUUAUCUUACCAUUGUAUGGGUCAAUGUCAACAGAUCAGCAGAAAAGAAUAUUUUUGCCAGCUCCCACAGGCAUCAGAAAGUGUGUGGUAUCCACAAACAUCGCUGCAACGUCUCUGACAAUUGAAGGAGUCAGAUACGUAGUGGAUAGUGGAUUUGUGAAGCAGUUGAAUCAUAACCCCCGAGUUGGCUUGGACAUACUGGAGGUGGUUCCUAUUUCAAAGAGCGAAGCAAGGCAGCGAGCUGGCCGAGCUGGCAGGACAUCAUCUGGAAAAAGCUAUCGGCUGUACAGCAGAGAAUUCUGGGAGCAAUGCAUGCCUGAUCACACAGUCCCGGAGAUCAAGCGAACGAGCCUGACAUCUGUGAUCCUGACCUUGAAGUGCCUUUCUGUGCAUGAUGUCAUAAGAUUUCCCUAUUUGGACCGGCCUGAAGAAAGGCAUAUUUUAGAAGCUCUCAAGGAACUUUACCAGUGUGAUGCUAUUGACAGGAGAGGCCACGUGACAAGACUGGGUGAAUUCCUGGUACAGUUUCCCCUCCCGCCCAACCUGACCUGUGCUGUCAUAAAAGCUGCUUCUCUUGACUGUGAAGAUCUGCUGCUUCCCAUAGCAGCCAUGUUGUCCGUGGAAAAUGUCUUCAUCCGUCCAGGUGAUCCUCAGAAGCAAAAGGAGGCUGAGCUUCAACACCAGGAACUUUCCUCACAAGUAGGAGGAUGCAAUGACUUUGCAACCCUCUUAAAUAUUUUUGAACAGUGCAAAGCAAGCAAGUCUCCUUCAGCUUGGUGCCAGAAACACUGGAUCCAUUGGAGAGCUUUAAAAUCUGCUUUUAGUGUGGAAAAACAACUUCGGGAAAUAGUCAGUAAACUGAAACAGCUGCCAGACUUCCCUAAAGAGACAUUUGAAGGCUCCAGAACUGAAAUACUAAGAAGAUGUCUAUGUGCAGGAUACUUUAUCAAUGUAGCCAGGAGAUCUGCAGCCAGGACAUUCUGCACAAUGGACGGACAUGGCAGUAUAGUCUAUAUCCAUCCUUCAUCUACACUAUAUAACCAAGAGACUCUCCUCGAGUGGAUCAUCUUCCAUGAUGUCACAGUGACAUCCAAAAUCUAUGUCCGGACAGUGUGUCCUGUUCGCUAUGAAUGGGUCAAAGACUUGUUGCCCAGAUUGCAUCAAAUUGAUGCAUAUGAACUGAGCAGCGUGGCACGGGAAGAAGUAACUGAAGAGGAAAUAACCAAGUGGAAACAUAAGGAGGACCUUAAAAGGCAGUACGUGCCUGCAUGGUGUUUGCUUACUGGUUCUUGCCACGCUCCCGCCUUUUGGUUUAAUAUAGCUGACAGGAGCAGAACUUUAACUCAGAGUUGAAUAAAAGCAUUCUGAGUGUAACCAUUAUUUAAGUCUGCAGAGGGUACCUACCAUAGAUACCCAAAAUAAUACUGCCCUGAGAGAGAGAUGUCCUAAGGACUGGGGGGGACACAGGACGGACACCCAACCCGAAAACCCACCAAAUAAAAACCACAGAGGAAAAAGUACCACAUUUUGGUGAAUGUCUCAUUCUGACAAUGAAUUUAACGCCGUAUGUUUAAAUAGUCAGUUUUAAUUAAAACUGGUGCCUGCUAACUGAUCUGGCUGCUUGACAUUCUUUGAAUUCUUCUGUCAGCAGGUUUCAUAAAGCAGCCAAGUAUUCAGAGGGCCUCUUUGCUCCUGAACCGACCCUUCCAAAACAUUAAUUUAAUAUACGGGACAGGCACUGGCAAUAUAGAUUAUCUUCAGUCCCUUAAUAAUGGAGAAAAUGUAGACUUUUGUGCUCAGACCAGUGUCUCUUUCUGUCCUGCGUUAUUGUAUAAAACAAGCAUUUUAAAUGAUAAAAACAUGAAUUUGGUUAUAAAUUUGCUGGAGAGGAUACUUGCAGUAUUGGAUAAUGCAGAGGAGCCUCAUCUAUUUAUCUGAAGUCCAAGGAGCUGAGGUUUGUUCUCUUUGUCCCCCUUAACUUUUUUACUUCAUGAGGCAAUUGCAAAUUAAUUUGAGAUUAAUACUGACCUUACAAACAUUGUAUUCCUGGGAGCUUCAUAAAAAUAGGGCACUGAAUAGCUGACAAAGGCUUCAUUAGUGCCCAGUGGAAGGAAAGGCUGCAUCAUGAGCUGAGUUAUUACUUGACUCCAAGACAGAAUAAUUACAAAUAUUCCAAGAGUGAAUGCUGAUUGAUGCUCCUUCCUCGUAUCAAAGAAUCCGGUGGCCAGCCCCGGACCCCUGGGAACAGGCUGCAGUAGCUGCUUCAUUCACACAAUACUUGGGCUCGCAUAGUCUUUGAAUGAUUUUUACAAAAUUAUUAUUCUUAUUUUAAAUUUUAUUUUAAAAGGAAAAUAUUUUCUGCUUUUUCUUCCCUUGUGGGAGAAUGUGCAUUUCUAGUGGUGUCUGAUCCCACUCCUUUAUCUGUAUGUUAUCCUCCCUCUUCUUCCUACCUUCAGGAAUUUAUAAAGAUAGUUUAUUCCUAGUGUUUUUUUCCCCUGCUCCCACUGCUGUCCCUCACUUGCCUAAACCUGAGUUUGAGAUAUUUUUAGAGAAGAAAUGAGCGUGUAGAACACAAGACGCUUAGUAUCUGUUAAAAUGAAAAGCAAGAUAUACAUUUGGGGACAAGAUAAGCCCAGCUGCAAAUAUUGACAUGGGAGUUCAGGCGUGAUUUUUUUUUUUUUUCCUUUUGUUUUCCUCCCUGCUGUGGUACAGUCUGUCCUCCCUGGAAUUCAUUCAGAUGGCUGACUGGGACUUGAAAAACAUGUGAGAUUCUGUUCGGGGUUUUGGCGUAUUUUUACAAAUAGGAGGAAUUGUAAUGCUGUGGGGUUUUUUUGACACAGAAGUGUAUAUUUCUUUCUCUCCUCUCC